UUUACGGAGGAGUCCAGUUUGCGUCGGUGUGAUUCAACGCUGCAGGAACUUCAUUCUCGCUGCCGAUUCCACGGCGGCUUAUUUUUGGAGACAGUAGGAAGGAUAUUUUGAGAGUCGACUUGUGAAACGGUGUCUUGUCGCCGGCCACAGCUGCCAUAAUGAGUUUCUUCCUUGUGCCUCAACGACGCAUUUCCACCGUGUCCAAGUGGAUUCCUAAUGAGGGGGGUCGUGGUCGGGUUUGAUGAGUCAGGACAGAGUUCGCUUCACUCAGGGAGGAUCUCGUCUUCUCACCCCUGACCUCUUCCUCUCUCACCGGACACACGAUUCCACACAUCUGCUCCAAAUCUGCUGAACUCAAAAUGAUUUCUUUAUUAGCUUUGCAGCUGUCGUCCAAGCCGCCAUUUUUUCUCAAGAGGAAUUUGAUUCCUGCCUUUUCCUGCUAAAGACGAGUUUUUAGUUUCACGUUGGACUUUUUUCUAUUUUAUUUUUCUACCUCUUCGUCUCUUCCUCUUUUUCUGGGCACAAACUGAAAACACGCAUCGUCUUUAGUUUGAUUGUUUCUAUCGCUGGAGUCCGUGUCGCCGGCGCAGCUCGAGCUUGGUCUCAGUUGUUGACUCUUUAUAUGUGGUCAACUUUUUUUGUGACGGAUAUGGAGGGACGCACCGUGGCCCCGGUGGCAGCAGGAGUGGGGGCGGGGGCUGCACAAGGAGGAGCGGCCCAGGGGGCGGGGGGUAUGGCCAGCCUGAUGAGCGGACGCAGCACGUUCGGGGGGAACAAGCGGCGCAGGACGACGUCAACGGGAAACAGCAUGAGCGAGGCCCAGGAAGGAAAGAUCAAGUUGGCGUUCUUCGUGGCCAUCGUGGGCGUCGUCCUCACGGUGCUCGGCGUGGGGACAGAGUUCUGGGUGGAGCUGGCGGCCCCGAAGAGUUUUUAUAACAAUCAGACGUGCCUGACGGCUCACUACGGCCUGUGGAAGGGCUGCACCAAGACGCUGUGGGUGGCCGACAUCGACCCAGGGAGAGAGAGCUGCGGACCUGCGGAGCUGCCCGGAGGUGACUGGUUUGGACGUCUGAGCUUAAUGAAGACUGACGUACAAGUGUGUGUGUGUGUGUGUGUGUGUGAGAUGAUUGACAGACCAGUUGGUUGACUGGACGUUGGAGCUCAU